AUGAAACGGCGACCAGGAAUCGGAGGAUUACAAAAAGCUGCGGCUGCUAGGGAUCAAUACCGUCUACUUGGAGAAAAUGUCGCGAAGCUACGCACGGAUCUCAUGAAGGAACAACUCACCACUUUCCGAUCCCAACUUGAAGAAUUCGCUCGUAAACACAAGAACGAUAUUCGCAAAAAUCCAGCCUUUAGGGCUCAAUUCCAUGAAAUGUGUGCUAAAGUUGGAGUAGAUCCUCUAGCUUCAAACAAGGGUUUCUGGGCUGAGCUACUGGGAAUUGGUGACUUCUACUAUGAAUUGGGAGUUCAGAUAAUUGAAGUUUGCAUGCUAACAAGGUCCCAUAAUGGAGGUUUGAUCAGUUUACACGAGUUAUGUAACCAUCUUCGUCUGAGAAGGAAAAAAGAUCGUGAAGCUGUGACCGAAGAUGAUUGUCUUCGAGCUAUUAGCAAGCUAAAGGUUUUAGGUAGCGGAUUCGAGGUUAUCACGGUUGGAAAGAAAAAGCUUGUCCGUUCAGUCCCCACCGAGUUAAACAAAGACCAUAACCAAAUCUUAGAGUUGGCUCAGGGUCAAGGCUAUGUGACUGUGGAAGAGGUACAAAGACGACACUCGUGGACAUCUGGUCGAGUUAUAGAUGCCCUCGAAAGUUUAUUAGAGGAGGGUCUUGCGAUGAUUGAUGAUGGUCAUGAAGAUGGCAAACGCCGCUACUGGUUCCCAUGUGUUUCUUCUGUUUAUGCAUCCAGUGGAGCUGAUACUUAA